AUGUUAAGAGUAUUAUGGUUAUCUAUUAUCAUUGCAUUCCCAUAAUUAUUUUACCUUUUAAAUUAAAUUAACGGUUAGAUUAUUGCACUACCUCAAUGUUUUGGGUCAAAAUAGUUACCAAUAGAGUUGACAAAGGAUGCAGGAAUAUUUUCAAAAUUUACAGUCUUACAGUAUUUAGAUGAAUAUGAUUACUUUGCGAUUGGAGGAGUUUAUGGGUCUGAUAUGAUUAUUGGAUUUUAUAAUAACAAAGUUGGAUUUAACAGAUUUAUGUGGCUUAAUUCAUACAAUUAUGCCCCAGAUUAAAUGUUUUAACCUCUCUUGCAGCAGAUUUAAGCUAUUCAAUUUUAGUCAAAAUUGCAUAUUAUAACACUCAUUAGAUCUGAAUAGAUUUAAAAAAAUAAUAAUGAGAUUGAAAUUCCAUUUUUAGUUUUAUUGAUGGGUUUCAAUAAGAAUGGAGAUGGUAGAUUCAAUCUAUUUGCAACUGGGCUUGCAAAUAGCGAUGAAUUAUUAACAAAUAUUUAUGAUAGUACUUCCAUAGUAAGUUAUGAUGUCAUUAUUGCUUAAAUGGCAGUAAGGUUUAACUACGCAGUUGGAUGUUUAGAAAGCUAGGAUUCUACAUAAGCAUUCAUGGGUGCGCUCAUUCAUUAAAUAGGAAAUUCAUAAUCUAGCUUAAUAUUUAGAAAUGUAAGUUCAUCCUAUGCUCAAAGAAAUUUUGAAUGUAUUGGAAUUAAAAUAGCUGCAAAAGAUGAUAUUACCCUUGUCUAUUAGUCAUAUUAUGAAAAGGCAGAUAUUUUUAUGGCUUGGUUAAAAUAAGACCCCUUAUCUAUUACUGGAGAAUAUUUUGUGUAUGAAAAUUAAUUACGUCUAAAUAAGCCAGACUCUUUGACUGUUUACUAAUUCAAAUACGUUUAGGUUAUUGAUGAUUACUUUCAUCUAGAUGACUAUAAUCCUUAAUAUCAAGUAAAAUAACCAUAUUAAGCAAUUAGUUUAUAUUAUUCUGAAUAGUUUUUCGGGACUAAAACUAUUCUCGAAGCUUUAUUUACAGUAAAACCUGAUAUUGUUGAAAUGAAAAACCUUUUGCCCUAAGUUGUACUAUGGAGUAACUAGUAAGUUUAAGGAAAUGAUUCUAUUUUAGUUUCAGAACUUCCAGUGCAAUAAUACAGAAUACCUAAAAAAUUACCCUUGAUAAUUGAUUGCUACUUAGGCAUGCAGUGUGAGAUGUAUUUCUCGAAUUUCACUCUUAAAAAUUCAUGCUUUGACGAGAUAGGUCAAAACAAGAAAUACUUCAUAGAAAUCGGAAUUAAUGGGACACAGCAUCAGUAAUUAUAAAGCAUGUCUGAUUAGAGCUCUUUGAGUACAACAUUAUCAUACAAAUAUUAUUAAUUGAACAAGAUCGGCUUACAUUACUUUUAGUUCACCUAUAAGAUUUAAGAUACUCUUAAUCUUGAAAAUAAAUGGACCUUACUAGAAGAUGUGUUCACACUAAAUAUAACUAAUGGCUGUUAAAAUUAAUAUAAACUGCUUGAAGAUCCUAAAGUUAUUUCGAUAAAACAAAAGAUUUAAACUGAUGUCAAAUACUACUCAAUACCUAAAUUAAGGUUAGGUCCUUAUCAAGAAUGCUUUAAGUAAAGUUUGACAAUAAGUCUUAUAAGAAAUCGAUAAUAAUCAUUAACGAUAAUUAACUUAGAUAAAAAACAAGAUUUCUAAAUAGGAUUCUUAACUAAUAAUGUUUCUAACAUCGGCUAAUAUGAAUUUCAAUACCAUAUAGAAGUUACUGCUGAUAUCGAGCAGUUCACCUCUCAAAGAUCUAUACCACAGUUCUUAUAAUUGGAAAUCAUAAGUGAUUCUGACUAAUUUACCAUAAGUAAUAGUGCACCUUACUUCACAGAGCAAGUUCCAGAUUAUGAAGUAACUGUUGGACAGUUGAUGAUUGCUGACCUCCCAAGAAUUAAUGAUUAAGAGGGUGAUGAUUAUGUUGUAUUAAUAAAAGGCAAAAAAGCUAGUAUAUUUAUUACAGCAACUAAAUAAAAACUUAUCAUUAAUCCUAUUCAGCCUGUUGUGGGAAAGCAUAAAAUCACUAUCAUUUUAAAAGACAAAAAUAAGCAAAGCUUACAAAAAAAAUACUAUUUUCAAGUCUUAGUUAAACCAGAAGUAUCUACUUACUUUGAAUCAUUGUUAAAAGAUUCAAUUUUUUUAGAAGAUUACAAAAAAUCUUAGUCAUAUAAAAUUAUUGGACAUAUUGAGGGCAAAAUCAAUAAGAUUACAAAUACAGGACAAGUUGUGGUUCUAUUUGAUUAAAAUCUAGAUGAUAAUUAAUCAAAAUUCUAGAAUAAAGUUUAGUAAUCGAUUUAGAUUGUUCUGAGUUAAGAGGAUAAAGAAAUAGAUUUAAAAUUUGAAGUAAAGGAAAUUACUUAAAGGAAAAUUAUUUUACAAUUGAACUUUACCGAGCCUGAGAAUAUCUCAAAGUAUUCAGUAAACUUAAACAAUUAACUCAUUUAUUAGGAUUGGGAUAGAUUGAUUAUCAAAUUCAAGUUGAAUUUUCUAUUCCAUGAUAAGACAGAGAAGCUAAUGAUGAAAGAAGGAUAUCAAAUAUAGGGCUACAUACCUCCAUAGAUUAAUCAAGGUUUAAAAGAGUUACUAAAUAGCUUUGGAUCAGCUACUUCAGUCUCCUUAUCAACUAUAAUGGGAUCAAAUUUAAUCAUCAAUAUUAUAAUGUAAGAACAUCCAACUUAAUAUAUUAUGCAGGUCAUAGAGUAUUUAAAUGUUGUGGGGAAUGAUUAAUAGUUUCCAAUUAAUUACUCAUCUACCUUUAAUGUCAGUUAACUCACCUGCCAACGUGGCAUUAUUCUAUAGUUUUAUACUAGAUGUAUCUAGUUUUUAAUUCUUUGA